UAAACUUCCCCCACAAAAUAGAGCACGAAAAUCAGACAAAUUCCCUAAAAUAUCCCACGCGCUCUCAAUCACUUUCUCAUCCCACACUGUAAUCCAAUAUUUUCUCUUCCGUCGCUUGUUUCUUCUCAUGGAGAACCAGAGCGAUAUCUCCGGCCGGCGCCACCGCGAGAAGCCGUCGCCGUCGCCGUCUCGCCGGAGCUUGAAGAGGAAGCUCGAUGAGGAUCCCGACGGCGAUCGGCCGCAUCAAGAUCCCGCGCGCGAGGUGCGCGCUCAAGUCGAGAUCCUCGAUUCUGCUCUCUCGCCGUCAUACAAGGAUCGCUUGGCCGUGAAACAGGCUAUCGACGUUCUUUCCGGCUUCGCGAGGAACGAAGAGAUGGUGGAUAUGAUUGUGGGUUGUGCGGCGGUUCCUGCGCUGGUUCGACAUCUGCGGGCUCCAUGGCCGGUGGAGGAGGGUGACGCUGGCCGAGUAGCUUACGAGCAUGAAGUGGAGAAAGCAAGCGCGUUCACACUUGGGCUUCUUGCCAUUAAACCCGAGCAUCAACAUCACAUUGUUGAUGCAGGUGCUUUACCCUUUCUGGUGGAUCUUUUGAAGAGAUAUAGGGGUGUUUCAGAAUCUUGGGCAGUAAGUGGUGUUAUUAGGAAAGCAGCUAAUGCUAUCACUAACCUUGCCCACGAGAACGGCCACAUUAAAACUCGUGUUAGGGUUGAGGGUGGCAUCCCACCUCUUGUUGAAUUGCUUGAAUUUGCUGACACAAAAGUGCAAAAAGCUGCAGCUGGAGCCCUUCGAACCCUUGCUUUUAAGAAUGAUGAGAACAAAAACCAGAUUGUGGAAUGCAAUGCUCUGCCAACUCUUAUACUGAUGAUGCAUUCUGAGGAUACUGCCAUACACUAUGAAGCGGUUGGGGUCAUUGGAAAUUUGGUCCACUCAUCUCCAAACAUCAAGAGAGAAGUUCUUGCUGCUGGGGCUUUGCAACCUGUCAUUUCAUUACUUAGCUCCUCCUGUUCUGAAAGCCAAAGAGAAGCUGCUUUGUUGAUUGGGCAAUUUGCUGCAACAGAUUCAGACUGUAAGGUACACAUUGUUCAAAGAGGUGCUUUGCAGCCACUAAUAGAAAUGCUCCAAUCUCCUGAUACUCAAUUGAAGGAAAUGGCAGCCUUUUCCCUGGGGAGGUUAGCUCAGGACACUCACAAUCAAGCUGGUAUGGUGCACAGUGGUGCAAUGGUGCCCUUACUGGAGCUUCUUGAGUCUAAAAAUGAAUUUCUCCAACACAAUGCUGCAUUUGUUCUUUUUGGGCUUGCGGACAAUGAAGAUAAUAUUGCAGAUCUUGUUAGGGUAGGAGGUGUUCAGAAGCUUCAAGAUGUUGAAUUUAUUGUCCAACCUACUAGAGAUUGCGUAGCCCGAACACUGCGGAGACUUGAAGAGAAGAUUCAUGGAAGGCAGAGGUCUGAACUUUACAAUNGCCAUUUAUUAUACUUGAUGCGUGUUGGAGAGAAAGUUGUUAAGAGCCGAGUAGCUUUGACUCUAGCACACUUCUGUUCUUCAGAUGACCAUAAGACUAUCUUCAUUGAUAACAAUGGACUGGAUUUGCUUUUGGAGCUCCUUGUGUCAACUAAUUUAAAGCAUCAAAGAGAUUGUUCUAUGGCUCUAUGCCGAUUAGCUGAUAAAGCCAACUCACUUUCUCUAAUGGAUGCGGCUCCUCCUUCCCCAAUACCUCAGGUGUAUUUGGGGGAGCAGUUUGUGAAUAAUCCCACGUUGUCCGAUGUAACAUUUUUGGUUGAAGGAAAACGGUUCUAUGCGCACCGAAUUUGUCUGCUAGCUUCUUGUGAUGCAUUCAGGGCUAUGUUUGAUGGUGGUUACAGGGAAAGAGAUGCCAAGGACAUUGAAAUUCCUAAUAUCAGAUGGGAUAUUUUUGAGUUGAUGAUGAGAUACAUAUACACAGGGGCCGUUGAUGUCAACUUAGAUAUUGUUGAGGACCUUCUGAUGGCUGCUGAUCAGUAUUUGUUAGAAGGUUUAAAGCGUCUAUGUGAAUAUGCGAUUGCACAGAAUAUAUCCGUGGAGAAUGUGUCUCUAAUGUUUGAGUUGUCCGAGGCAUAUAAUGCUUUGUCCUUGAGGCAUGCAUGUAUCUUGUUUAUUCUAGAAAAGUUUGACAGUUUAUGCAAUGUGCCCUGGUAUCCGCAGCUGAUCCAGCGAGUCCUGCCUGAGAUUCGAAACUAUUUUGUUCGAUUGCUUACGAGGCCAAUUAGUGCACAAUGAAUGCAUGCAUAUUGUUUUGAGGUUUAGAAGUUUUGAUGCUAUUUCUGAGUAAAGUAGUAAUAUUAUGCCUGUGAAAAUGUAUAGAAAUUGAUUCAUUUUUGUCAGAGUUGGUGUAUUAGUUGACAUAUUAAAGAGGCUAUUUGUUGUCUAGACUCGUUAAACGCCUCUUAGUUACAUACUCAUUUGUAAUGAUAAAAGUUCUUAAAGAAUUUCACUGCUUGCAAUGUUACAUGUUAGGCUUAUUUCUCUAUCUUAUGUCAUCAAAAAGUGUACUGUAGGGCUUGUUUGUUUUACAAAUAUAUUGGUAUUUAAUUGAUUUUUUUAGGUUAA